CAGAAGUUAGGGGCUGCAGCGGCGCUGGCUAUAGGUGAAUGACGUGGUGAGGGGUGGGUUUCAGGCAUGAGUAGUCACAGGGCCGUUUCCUAGCCUCUCUCUUCACUUCUCUGGGAAUUCUUGGAGAAAGAAGGCUGCAGCGGGUAGGCUGGGGGCGGAGACUAUCAGGAAGAGAAAAUUACUUUUCCCACUAGAACACACCAAGUAUAUGACCAGCCUCCAUGAAAGUGAACAGAGAAACGAAGCGCCUUUACGUGGGUGGCCUUAGCCAGAACAUUUCUGAGGCAGACCUGCAAAAUCAGUUCAGCAGAUUUGGAGAAGUUUCGGAUGUGGAGAUCAUCACACGGAAGGAUGACCAAGGAAACCCACAGAAAGUCUUUGCAUAUAUCAACAUCAGUGUAGCAGAAGCAGACCUGAAAAAAUGUAUGUCUGUUUUAAAUAAAACAAAAUGGAAAGGUGGAACAUUACAAAUUCAACUAGCAAAAGAAAACUUUUUGCACAGAUUGGCCCAAGAGAGAGAGGAAGCAAAAGUUAAGAAAGAAAAAUCAACAACAGGUAACACCAACUUGUUAGAAAAGAUAGGAGGAGUGGAUUUCCAUAUGAAAGCUGUGCCAGGGACAGAAGUGCCAGGGCAUAAGAAUUGGGUUGUGAGCAAAUUUGGAAGAGUCUUACCUAUUCUUCACCUUAAAAAUCAACAUAAACGUAAAGUCAUAAAAUAUGAUCCCUCAAAAUACUGCCACAACCUAAAGAAGAUAGGGGAGGAUUUCACAAACACCAUUCCUAUAUCCAGCCUGACUUGGGAAUUAGAAGGAGGGAAUGACCCUAUGAGUAAGAAACGGUGAGGAGAGUUCUCUGACUUUCAUGGUCCU